AUGGCAUUACCUCUACCGCCCGGUCUAACGCCGGCAGAAGUCGCAUUUCUGUGCGAGAUGGAAAUGGUGACAAUAGUCCCGCGACAGCGACUGGACGGACUAGAGUUACUCGGAGGAUCGAUCCCGCCGCUACAACCGCCCCGUCGAACGGACAUCCCACUGUGGCUUGCAUUGCUUCUGAAGCGGCAGAACCGCGCCAAUAUCGUCCCUCCACCAUGGCUACUCCCGGCCUCCCUCGCGAACAUCCUCGACGUCGAGACUGAGAUGACGGAAGCCUUCUCAAGUCCUCCCCCGUUACCUCCAUCCGCGAAAGGUUCCGAGCCGAUCAGCCCGCCCUUUCAACCCUCAUGUACGGCCGAUGCUUCCGCACAUGCCCUGCCAUAUCACUGGCUAGAAGUCGGAGAAGUACUACUCGAUGCUGCUUCGGAUGACUUUGAAGAACCGGAUUUGGUGAGGCGACUCAUCAGAGACAUCCGGGAAGUGCGGUUGUCUAAGCUACGGGCAGGCGUGGAAGUGCUGGACGCUGGUGGCGGAGUACAGAUGAAUGGUGUCGGUGGAUUGGAGGUGGCAGAGGGAAGAGCCUUCAUAGGCGGAGUUAUAGACAACUUACGGAAGCUGGGAGCUUCCAAGGAACAGACUCGGAAGGAAAGAGAGGCGGAAGAAGAAAGAAACGGAUAUUCUGGUGCUGGCGCCGACGAUUAUGAUGACGACAUGGAGCUGUAGAUGCUGUACAUCCAAGGCCAACUAUGAACUAAGGUCAUUCUAGACUUCAUGUGGUACAGAUCCAAGGUUCGAGAAUGAGACUUCCUAAGGGCAAAGGAGACACCUCGAUCUUGAACCGAUGCUGUGUUUGACGACGGCAAUGCUGACGAAACCCCUUUCUCGAGUAGCCGCGGAGCAGCUGAACGGUGUCUCAAAUACGGUAUUCAGAAAUUAGAUAUGAGAGAAUCACCACUCGAAAGGUCAAUUGUGCAUCUUAAU